AUGGUCGGAACUUUUGUCUACUACAAGGAGAAACGCCAGAAAUACGCGUUGAUUGCUUCAGACCAAGGGCAAGAUAGAACCCCAGAAGCAAGAUGGUAUGGGCUGUGGAACCUGCUUCUUUAUGGGCUUACAAGUCCGUCUCCGAACCUCUUGGUGUUUCCUCAGCGAGACCUCCAGGUGAAGACCGCAAAUACCACUGCCCAGCUCGCCAAAAGCACCAAAUUCCCCGAUUUCGUGGUUUCACGCUGCAAAUUUGGGCACCACCAAACAUUAAGGGAGAAGAUUCUGUUAAUUGUAGAAAUCAAGCCACCCACUGAAGAUGAGGAUGAAAUUUUUAUCCGUCUUACAUCUGCGCAAACAGAUAUGAAGACACAAGCCUUGUACCACUUCUCGAAGCUGGCUCAUGACGACAAUAGCAAGGUGGUUGGGAUCGCAGCAGCAGGGCUAUACUGGCAAUGGGUAGUCUAA